AUGGCUCCCAAGGUUGCAUCCAAGACCCCCACCACCGCUGGCAAGGCCCCAGCCGGCAAGGCUCCCGCCACCGAGAAGAAGGAGGCUGGCAAGAAGACUGCCGCUCCCUCCGGUGACAAGAAGAAGCGCACCAAGACCCGCAAGGAGACCUACAGCUCUUACAUCUACAAGGUCCUCAAGCAGGUCCACCCCGACACCGGUAUCUCCAACCGUGCCAUGUCCAUCCUGAACUCCUUCGUCAACGACAUCUUCGAGCGCGUCGCCACCGAGGCCUCCAAGCUCGCCGCAUACAACAAGAAGUCCACAAUCUCAUCGCGUGAGAUCCAGACCUCCGUCCGACUCAUCCUCCCCGGCGAGCUUGCCAAGCACGCCGUCUCCGAGGGUACCAAGGCCGUCACCAAGUACUCUUCAUCCACCAAAUAA